AUGCUUGCUCUCUUCUUCCUCAAAUCACGACAACCUUGUACCCUUAAACCCUUCUCAAAACGCCCAUAUUUUUCUCCAGUUUCACUCCACACUCGCCCUCUCUUGCCCCGCAGAAACAAACCGAAGAAUAAUGAGAAUUCCACCACCAAGUGGAACACAACACACACUUUUGUUCUCUCGAACCCCACACUUUCUCUUCUUGAAACGAAAUGCAAGUCCAUGAUCCAGCUCCUGCAAAUACAGUCCCAAAUGAUCAUUACUGGUCUUUCUUUAGAUGGGUUGGCUUAUAGUCGUUUAAUAGCCUUUUGUGCUCUCUCGCCAUUUGGUGAUCUUAAUUAUUCCAAAAGAUUAUUGUCCCACAUGCAUUACCCAAAUGCGUUUUCUUGGAAUAUAGUAAUUAGAGCGUUUACUGAUAGCCCAAUUCCGUUACAAGCUUUUGUUUUAUACAAAAAAAUGUUAAUUGUUAAUAGGAAUAGUAGCAUUAGCUUAAGGCCGGAUAAUUAUACUUUUCCAUUGUUGUUCAAGUCUUGUGCUAGAUUGUUAUUGUUUUAUAUGGGCCAUGAGAUUAUAGGGCAUGUUCUGCAAAUGGGUUAUGAUAGUGAUCUAUUCGUGCACAAUGCUUUGAUACAUUACUUGGUGUCAUGUGGAGAGUUGGAGGCUGCAGAUAAAGUGUUUGGCGAAAAUUCUGUGAGGGACUUGGUUUCAUGGAAUUCAUUGAUCAAUGGGUAUGUUAGGAGUGGGAAAGCGAAGGAUGCAUUGAGGUUAUAUAGGGAAAUGGAGAUGGAGAGGGAUGGGAAUCCUGAUGAGGUUACUAUGAUUGGGGUGAUUUCAGCGUGUUCUCAGUUGGAGAAUUUGAGGCUUGGGAAAGAAUUUCAUCAAUAUAUUCGAGAGAAAGGGUUGAAUAUGAGCAUCCCACUUGCUAAUGCUCUUAUUGAUAUGUAUGUGAAAUGUGGGGAUCUUGCGGAAGCAAAGAUAUCUGCUUACAUGAAUCCAAUCUGGUUGAGUAAGUGUGUUUGGUUCCUUUUCUCCGUGGCUGUAGAUGCUAUACUCGUGAGUGCAUCUUUGUCCAGCAGAUUCAAUGCAUUAAUCACCAUCCAAAAUUAUAGAACUGGCAAAAAUAUGGUUGCUUACAAGCUUGCAUGA